UUAACUGGGGCAUUAAUCAGUUAGCCUUAAGUUGAGGUUUUACUCCAGAAUGUCUAGUUCUAUGUCAAUGUUUUUGAACUUUACGAAGAAAAACAGGAUCAAUUCAAUUAUGUGAUUUAUGCGGCGACGUUGGCGUUGUUUCUUUUUAUACGAGGACUAUUUUAAAACAUUUUUUCAAAUGUUUUUUAAUUAAUGAUAAAUGUUUUGUUUACUUCAUGAAUUUCACUUCUGGACGCAAAAGGAUGGAAUUUCCGUUGACAACUUGGAUUUCGGGGCUUUUGUUUAUGGGGAAAAGAAGAAUGUAUCCAAUUGCCCGAUUAUCAAAGGGAAAAAGGCUUAUGCACAGGGCAGGGACAUAAAUUGGUCCUUGAGUAAUAAAAGACCAAAAAAACUUAGAGAUAACUUGAAAGAAUUUGAGGAUCUUUUGCUCAGCAGCAGAAUACUAAAUAUAUCAUGGAGGAAUCCAACAUCAAUACAAAUUUUAUUUGGAAACGGUUUACUCUGUUACAUACAGCUCAAUCCAUCAACAGGAGAUAUAAACGAAUUUAUCUACGACAAAUAUAUGAUUGGGAAACUAGUUAGCCAUUAUGUUUCUGACGUAAUACUUGGGUCUAAGCAUGCGAUUUUUGUCUACACGGACAACCAAAUUACUGUCGUCUACUUUACAAAGCCAUCUUUAAGAUUUGGACUAGUCAAGAAAUGGAGCUCUCUUGACAUGAAAAUAAACACUGAACAUCUCUCUGGGCCUUCUGGUCGUCGAUUGGAGAAACAGCUUUCGCUCAAUGCUUCUGGUGAUUUGAUAUCUGUCUGGUGGAAGACUGGCAAUGAUGAAGUUUAUCCUUGGAGUCCUGUUGUUAGGGAAGAAGAUAGGGCCAAUAUCCAUGUUUAUUCUUUAAAUGGAACUAAUAUUCAACUUUAUUGUUUUUAUCGAUCCGAAUGUGAGCCAAUUGCAGUCCAAUUUAGUGUAACUCAAUCAAAUGUUAUUUUUGUUUUUCAACAGAGGAUAACAAAAAAGAGUGAAGUAACUAUAGAAUGGCUGACUUCUGAAGUUCACUUUGAACAGUUUGAAACAAAUUACAGCCUGUCUCUACAGAUACCGACUUAUUCUUGUGUGCUCUCAUUAAGCCCGAAAGAAGACAAAUUGCUUGUAGCGUGCAUCGAUGGAUCGUUACUCAUUGCAGACAGCUACGGAAAUUUAUUAAAUACUAUAAAAAUAACAUUUAUUCCUACGAUUGGUUGUUGGCAUCCUGAUGGCUGCCUUUUACUUAUUGGUAAUGAACGAGGGCAGUUACAAUGGUUUGACAGCUACCUUAAUUGCGUCAGAUCUCAGUUUUUAAGUGAAGACUCAACACCUUCUGCAGUUUUAGACAUCGGGUCAUUUUUUAAGUAUCAGCCUACACUUCUUUCGAUGACAUGGAAUAGGAAAUCAAGUAAUGUUGAUUCUCACAGCGAUGAUUUGUUACUCUUACAUUUUGAACGAGGUCCAUUGGUAAUUGUAAAAUUGAUAACCGGUUAUGAUGGCUGUAAAAGAUUGUCCUCGGAUGUCAUCGUUUCACAAUAUCUUAAGGAUCAGAAUGCAAUGAGUGCGGUUAAUCUUUUAUAUACAAUAGACUGGGAACACGAAGGACAGUCAGCAUUAUCAUCUUUACAGCUCAUUAUUUCAAAUCAGUUAAAACAUCAUUUAACCCCUGAUCGAGAAGCUAUUUUGGAAAAAGCACUUGGCAGUUACCACAAUCCGUUCAGACCAAUACCACAGAGCAUUCAGGGAGAAUUUGGUGAUUCAGUGUAUGAUCUUACUAGAAGAUUUUUUCAUCACUUGUUGAGGUAUCAAGUGUUCGAGAAAGCUUUCAGGUUAGCCAUCGAUUUAGAUGAUCAUGAUUUGUUUAUGGAUAUCCACAAUUAUUGUAAGAAAAUCGGAAACACAAAUAUGGCUACUGCAGCCUUGGAAAGAGCAGAAGAAAUCCUCUAUUCAAAUGAAUCAGAUUCAUCAAGUUCUGGGUCAUCAAAUUCAAACUGCUCCUCUUAUUCAGAAUCGACCGAAUCUAGUUUAAUGUUAUGCCAGCCGGCCAAAAAAACCCAACCCCUUCCCUUACUCUGCACAUCCAGGCCUCCGCCUCGCAAUCAGAUUAAGUUUCCUAAUAAAAUAUCUCAUACAUUUAAAUACCAGGUGCCAACAGAAUCAACGAUAUCUGAAAUUAGCCCGAAUGCAGUGGGCAUUCCGACUGUUGGUGAUUACGAUUCCAUGUUCAUGGGUAAUAUGAGAAGGGACAGCAAACUGAACAAUCAACUGUAUUCGACUAGUUUUAUAACCGAUAUUAAAGAAUUACCACCGAUAAAAUCAGUCGACGCACCAAGUCAAGACCAGGAAGUUAAAAAACUGUCCGUCACGGAAAAUGGAAAGAUUAAAGUCGUCCACUUUGGUCUGGUAUAACAUAGAUUCGUAAACAAAUUUAUUUGUUAUUAAUAAUUAGACUCUAAAAGUCAACAUAGUAAUUAAGAAGUCUAAUAUAUUGUUGUCAUAUUUAUUUAUUUUUUA